AUAUAGUAAAAUAUAAAAUGACCAGGGUCCACAUGAAACAUAGUAGUAGUCGCUACUCGCUAGUGUCUAUAUAUCAUACUUGAUCAUAUCAUCUCCAUCCACAAAACCAUCUCAAAGCAACAACGAACUCUGUCUGUGUCUGAUAUUGUGAUACAAGUGAAGAAGAUUGACAAAAUAAGAUUAAAUUAGGAGACAGGAGUACACCAUGGUGACGAUAGUGAAAGAAGAGUUUACAUUUCCAAAAGAAUCUCGUCCAUUCAACAACUGUCACGUUUCUACCAUUGUUGAGGUUGACAAAAAUGAAUUUUUGGUGGCUUAUUGGGGCGGCUCGACGGAAGGAGCAUCGGAUGUCAAGAUUUAUACACAACGACUCAAGCAUGGUUCAUGGAGCUCACCAGUUGCAAUCGACGGAGAAACUUCUGCUACUGUAUGGAGUCCUGUACUAUGUAAAGCACAUAAUCAGGUGCUUUUGUUUUUCAGAGUCGGCCCAUCCUUUCAAACUUGGACCGGAUGUAUGAGGCGAUCAUUUGAUGGAGGUUUGACCUGGUUGGCGCGAGAACAACUUCCUGCUGGCAUUAUAGGACCUGUCAAAGAUAAGCCUCUUCUACUGAAAAAUGGAGAUUUGCUAUGUGGUUCCUCUGUGCAAAGUUGGAAUGCUUGGGCAUCUUGGAUGGAGGUGACUCCAGAUUUAGGGAAAACAUGGACAAGAUAUGGUCCUAUAAGGGUUCCAACACACUCUAUGAGUGUUGUUCAACCAGUACCCUACCACGCGAAACAAGGCCAUAUACGCGCUCUAAUGAAAUCUCAUGAAGAUAUUGGUCGAAUAUGCAUGUCUGAAUCGCGAGAUGGUGGAUGUACUUGGAGCGAUGCAGUGCCCACUCAACUUCCAAAUCCUGGUUCAGCAAUUGAUGCUGUGAAGUUGUUGGAUGGCCGCCUUGUGCUAGUUUACAACACUACUUCUAGGGAAAUUUUGAAAGUUGGAGUCUCCAAUGAUGACGGUGAUUCGUGGAUAGAAACUUUGACACUUGAAAAUACUUCAGGAUUGGAAUUUUCCUACCCUGCCAUCAUUCAGGAUAGUAAUGGAUUGAUCCACAUUACUUACACUUACAAUAGGACGCAUAUCAAGCAUAUUGUGCUUCAAUCUUCACAGUCUCAAAUUGAUGGAAGAAACGAUCACCAGACUCAUGGAAGGCAUAGGGGUGGUAGGAACGGUCACUAUCACCAUCGUUGCUAAUAGCUAAAUGUGUUAACAUUGAGGGAUUAUAUCUUACUCUUGGAGAGCAAAAAGAUUAGAGUAUAUCUGUUGUAGUACCUGUUGAUCUUUAACUUUUUUUUUUUUUCUUCUCUUUUGAUAAUAAAUUAUGCUCUAUUUUUGUUCUGUUGUUACAUAUAUGUGGUUCCGUUGUUACGCCGAAAUUUGAAAAACUCGGAUAUAUUAGAUAUCAAAGUGUUUGGCGGA